CGACCGACCGGGUUACACCAGGAACCGCCAACGAUCCAAGGAAGAAAAGAAGAGGAAUUGUUUUCCCUCCAGCGCCAGCUGUACCGGUAUGGCUGUCUGACUUUGCUGCCCACGCUACACCCACUACUGCAAAGGGCGGGAGCCUAGCCUCAUCCCGGAGUGCUGGUUCGAGGUGGGCGCACCGCCGCCCGCCUGUCCUAUAUCCGGCUUGACGUUGUGCAGCAUCCGCCGUCACCACCUGCCAUCUGAUGUUGCACACCCGCCCUGUAUCUUUUCCUCCACAAGACCAGAUCGCUCAUGACGAGGUCAGUCGCCGAUGGCUGUGUAUUUCGAUUCACCAUGCGACGUCGCCUUGUUUCUUUUCAACAAGCCUGCUGGCCAGCGUACAAUACGACCUCCAUACACGGAUUCGAAUUGUUUGGAUCCGGGGGCACCGGUCGAAAUUCGACUGCUGUCGUGUGGGUCCUGUUGUGUUGUGCUUCCGAAGCAACGGCGCUGGUCACCCCAUCAGGCUGGGGAUUGUUGUGCCAGGGCACGAAGCUCAUUGUUUGGUCAACGAUUUAUGUAGUGGCGGCUUGUUCCGCCCCUCGAGGGAUCCCGACGGUCAUGUCACAUCGUCGAGUCGUGGCAUGGACAAGCUUACCAACAGUCAUCGACUGGGUCUGGAUCCCAGUUCUCGAUCCGUCCGUCACCGAAAUCUCAAUCGGCUUUUCCCUGUGUCAAGCCCAGGGCGGCAUCAGAAAUCCGGUGUCUCAUAUCGCACGGUUUCAUAUGCCUGCCUGCCUGUCAGGCAGAUUGAUCAGAUCACAAAACUGAGUCUCCAACUGUACCAACGACUGAUUGUAGCUACUAAUCGAUGUUCCAACGCCCUGCGACUUCUAACCAGCGCCUCUUGGCUGGUUCACAUAAUGCUGCAGGCGCUGGUAUGUGUAGGACCAUCCAAUGACCGGCGACGUGUGCUUCUGAGCGCCCCAAUACGCAUCUAGUGCGUGCAUGUCGAGCAUGCAAACUUGUCGAAAUGACCUGUCACAUAGUACAUGAGAUGCGCAGAUGAUCAGGUUUUGCGUCGAAAUCCGUCAAAGCCCACUGAUGUACUGGCCACACAGCCAAUUCCGUUGAGGUCUUCGUCGAGAACACGACUUGUCACAUCAGCCACAUCGCCUGGUUGCG